AUGGCUUUCGGAGCUCGUGAUGGCAUCGCUGCAACGGCGUUCCUUGGCCGGCGCAACAUCUGCAAGAUAGCAAUCAGGAUGCGCGGCAGCACAUCUGUUGCAGUGGCCUUUGUUGCUUUGCUGCUCGUCCAAUCAGGAUGCUCAGUGAACAUUCGGAGCCUCCUGCAGACGCAGGGCUUUGAUGCCCAGGAGGAGGCUCUGCUGCUGCUGAAGGCGAGCCUGGACCCCACUGAGACUGCUCUCCCCAGUUGGGACCCAUCCACGUCCCCCUGCCAAUGGCAGGGCCUCACCUGCAACCCCAGCGGCCAGGUCACAAACAUAUCGCUGCCGGGGCAGAAGCUGACGGGGCAGCUGCCGCUGGACGCGACCGUGUGGGGGGCGCUGCCAGCUGUGCAGUCUGUGGACCUGGCAGGGAAUGCGCUGAACGGGUAUGUGCCACCUCAGCUCAGCGGAAUGGCCGGCGCGCAAGCGAUCGACCUGUCCAACAACCAGCUGCAGGGGCCGCUGCCGCCGCUCGCCAACAUGAGCGCCCUCGAAUCCGUCUCCUUCUCCAACAACCAGCUCACCGGAUCGGUGCCGUCGUCGUGGGCGGACAACGCGCAGCUGCGCAGCAUCAAUCUGAGCAACAACACGCUCACGGGCACCCUGCCGGCCGAGUGGUCGCGCCUGUCGCAGCUGCAGGCGCUGAAUGCCAGCGCCAAUUUGCUCACUGGCGCGCUGCCGUCCUCGUGGCGCGGCACCGGCAUGAACGGCACAGUAUCCACCGGCCUGGUCAACCUCACCACCCUGUUGCUGGGGCAGAACCCGGGUCUGUGCCAGGUGCAGCGCUACGGCAGCCAGGUGGGCGUGCCCGUAACCACCAACUUCAGCUACCCUCCAUCCUACGUCGACCCCUGCAACCCUGCCGCCGGGCCAGCCCUUGCCCCCGCCCUCGCGCCAGGCCCAUCCGCAUUCCCAAGUGCGCCAGCCCCCGGUCCCCUCCCUGCCGCAGCGGUCCUCCCGGCCCCGGCCCCCGGCCCCAGCUACAAGCUUAUCGCCCCCGCCCCGGCCCCCGCAGCAGUGCGCGCAUUCUCCGUCGCCCCCGCCCCGGCCCCCGGGACCCUGCUAGGGUUUCCUCUCGCCCCCGCUCCGGCCCCCGCUACCCUGCAAGGAUUCCCUCUGGCCCCGGCCCCCGCCCCUAUCGUGGCGCUCCCAUUGGCCCCCGCCCCGGCCCUCGUGCUGUCAGCGCCAGCGGUUGCUCCGGCCCCGGAGCCUCUGUUAGCGCCGGUGGCCGCCCCGGCACCGGCGCCUGUUCUGGCACCUGCCUUGGCGCCUAUUGAGGCACCGACACUGGCUGAGGCACCGGCACCGGCGCCAGUUCUGGCACCAGCACCUGGCCCGGCUGAGCCGCCGCGGCCGGCGACGGCCGCGAACGUGACGCUGCAGCUGUCGGGCGUCACCGAGCAGCAGUUUGCGCAGCAGAAGGCCCAGUACGACCAGAUCAUCGCGCAGACUGCGGGUGUGCCAGCAAGCUGGGUCAACACGACAGUCGUCCCUGCUAAUGGCGCCAACGGCGGCGGAACGAGCGCGGCAGGUCGGCGGCUGCGGCAGGCGAGCCAGGGAAUCACAGUGACGUCCAAUGUGGCAUCAGACAACCCGGAUGCCGUUCAGCGCAGCAUCAACGAAGCAGUGUCCUCUGGCCGCCUUGGGCAGGCGCUGUCCGGCAUCGGGCUCAGCCUCGUGCCCCCCUCCGGCCCUGUCGCCUCCCCCAUGAGCCCGGUGCCUGUGACUCCGAGCGGCAUCGCAGUGCCGGGCCCCGCCUCGCAGACUCCCUCGGGCAACGUUGUCCCGGCACCGGCGCCGAGCGGCGGCGGCGGCAGCGGCCGGCCCGCGUGGCAGAUCGCUGUCAUUGUGAUCGCCGUGCUCGUCGGUGUCUUCCUCGCAGUCAACGCCGUCUACUGGACCUGGUUCUGCGCGCGCCGGCGCAAGAGGAAGCAGAUGGGAGAGAAGUAUCUGAAGAGCGAGACCGUCAACCCGGCCUUCGAGGCCGAGUUGGGCGGGGCCGAGGCCGGCCGCGCCGCCGGUCCCGGCGGCCCCGGCAGCGGCGGCGCGUUGGCGCGCGGAGACGAUUUCGAGCGGCUGCGCGUCGAGCCGGCGGCCGGCGCCAAGGGAGUUGACGGCGGAACCCCCAAGGGCUCCAAGGGGCUCACGCCAAAGAGCGGCCGCGCUGCCGCCGCCGCCGCGGCCGGCGGUGGCGCCCUGGGCGCCCUCCUCGGACGCAAGAAGGAGUCUGAGAAGGAGGAGCCUCUUCUGGCGCAGAGGGAGGGCAGCUUCCGCUCGGCGCACUCCGCCGACUCUUUCACGUCCGCCCGCUCCCGCGCUCAGUCCAACGUCGGCUCCUUCACGAGCGCCCAGGCCGGUCCGAGCAGCGCAGACGGCCGCCCGAGUGACAAGGACGAGAUGUUCAGCGACGCGGCCGCGCGCGAUGACAGCUUUGCGUCAGCCGCCAGCUUCGGGCAGGCUUCCGCCGUCUCCGCCAAAUCCUUCCAGUCCGCCAAAUCUGGCAACCGGGAUUGGUCUCGCGCGCCGUCCGUGGAUUAUCAGCUGCCGGCCAGAUCUAGAACCCCAUCUCCCCUGCGUUAUAGCACAAACCCCCUGUUGGGAGAGGGGGAUACCACAGCAUACAAUACCCCCCUGGGGGACUUCUUUGACGCGGGUGAGGGAAAUCGUGAGAGCUUUGACUACAACAAGCCCAGGGACGGCACCACCCCCAACCCCCUCUUUGGAGAAGACAUCCUGUCGACAGGCGGCAGCGCGUCGGGCGUGCCGGGAGAGGCGCCGCCAACGCGCAACCCGCUGUACACGAGCGGGGACCGCCUUACUCAGGGCGCUAUUGCCGCUCAUGCUAUCUCCCCCUCAACCACCCCGCGCACCUUCUCCGGCGACAUCGGCUCGAUCCAGGGCCACCCGGUGGAGUUUGGCAGCGGCAGCGCCGGCAUGGGUUCCCCGGUGGGAUCGGUCAAGGGCCACCCGCUGCGCUUUGACAGCGGCUCGGACAUCGGCUCGCCCAUGGGCAGCAGCGCCAACUCGCCUCUGGGCUCGAGCAUCAACUCGCCCAUCUCGGGGACGCCCCCUCACACGCCCUCCGGCGCCGCCGCUGCCGCGACCGGCGCCGCGGCCGCGGCCGGGGCCGGGGCCGCUGCCGUCUUCGCCGCGUCGCGCCCCCACGAGCCAGAAGGCCACGCCAUUGUGGGCUCCGACUUUGGCUCAAACGUGGUCUCGGCGAACGUGACCCCGAUGAACGUCACACCGGCGACGCAUACCCCGGCGGAGUCCAACCGGACUUCCCUUGACACUCCGCCGCUGCACACGCCGAAUCCAGGAACUCCGUCUGCCGACACGCGCCCGGUGUCCUUCGACUUCGGCCAGGGCCCCCCUCGCGGGCCCCGCGGUUCCCUUGAGAUGGGCUCCGACCUCGGCUCCGAGCUUGGGUCCCGCCCCGGCUCCCUCGACUACGGCCGCCGGGCGCCGCCGCCCAGCCUUGCCGGACACCAGAUGUCCGGGUCCGACCUGAGCAACUGGGAUCCGACGUCGCGCCCGUCCUCCAUGGACUACGGCCCGCGCGCGCCGCCGCCGAGCAUUCGCGGCUACGCGCUCGGCUCCGACCUGGGCUCCGACAUCGGCUCGGAGAUCGGAUCGGCGCCUGCAUCCGGCCGGCCCAGCUUCGAAAUCGGCACCGGCCGCACGCCCGUGCCGAGCCUGCAAGGCCACGCCCUCGGCUCGGACAUGGGAUCCACCCUCGGGUCCGAGAUCGGAUCCGCACCCGCAUCGGGCCGGCCGAGCUUUGAGAUCGGCGGCGAACACAUGGCGCCCGGCAGCAUCCAAGGCCACGCGCUCGGCUCCGACCUCGGUUCGGCACUCGGGUCUGAGAUCGGAUCCGCGCCGGCCUCCGGCCGCCCGAGCUUUGAGAUCGGCGACGGCCGCGCGCCGCCGCCGAGUGUACGCGGCUUUGCGCUCGGUUCGGACCUCGGCUCCGACAUGGGCUCGGAGAUCGGAUCUGCUCCCGCCUCAGGCCGUCCCUCGUUUGACAUCGGGGAGGGCCGCCCGAGCUUCGACAUCGGCGAGCGCCCCACGCGGCCGUCGUUUGACAUCGGGUCCGGCCGCCCGUCGUUCGACUUCAGCGGCGCACGCCGCGCCGGCUUCCUCGGCAUGGCCGGCCCUCGUGGCUCCUCCGACGACCUCAACGGCUCCGGCUCACAGACGCCGGAGUCCUCGCGUCCGACAUCCCUGGACUACGGCCGCGACUCCAUGUCGCGCCCGACUUCCGCUGAUUACGGACCGCGUGCGCCGCCGCCGAGCGUGCAGAUGGGCUCCGACAUCGGCUCGGACAUGGGCUCCGAGCUCGGCUCCCGCCCGGCCUCCCUCGACUACGGCCGCCGCGCGCCGCCGCCGAGCCUGGCUGGCAACACCGGGUCGCGCUCCGAUCUGGCGUCCAUCGGGGGCCGCCCCUCCUUUGAGGUGCCCUCUGGCCGGCCCAGCUUCGAGAUCGGCGGCGGCAGCCGCCCCUCCUUUGACAUCGGCUCGGGCCGCCCAUCGUUCGACAUCACCGGGCUGCGCCACCUGCCCGGUGGGCAGCAGCCGGGCAGCGCCCCGGGCAGCGGCGCGCCUUCGCUGCAGGGCCAUCAGAUUGCCUUCUCUCGUCCCGGCUCCGACCUCGGCUCCGAGAUCGGCUCAGCACCCAUCACGCCCGGCGCGACGCCGCUGCCGUCUCGGCCGGCCUCGAUGGAUUACGGGCCGCGCACACCCGCGCAGGAGGCGCCGGCCAGCGGCCCGGGCAGCGUCCAGGGCCACCAGAUCGCCUUCUCCGACUUUGGCUCCGAGAUCGGAUCCAACAUCGGCUCGGCCCCGACCACGCCCGGCGCGUCGCGGCCAGCCUCGGUGGACUACGGCAGCCGCCGCCUGCCGGGCGUGGCAGAGGGCACGGAGAGCAUUCACGGCUACGCGCUCGGCUCCGACCUGGGCUCCGACAUGGGCUCGGACAUCGGCUCCCGCCCCGCCUCCCUCGACUAUGGCACCGGCGCUCCCAAGCGGGGAGGCGGCCUGCAGCCGCACGCGCUGACGUUCGACAGCGGCAGCGAGAUGGGCAGCGCCAUAAACAGCGCGCCCGGCAGCGGUGCCCCCACUCCGGGGGACCGGUCCCCCGCGCGAAGCCCCUCGCCGCAGCCGCGGUCCCCCCUGAUAGGGGGUUCCACCAUGACCUCCACCAACCCGGCCUUCGCCUCCAACCUGUACGACUCGACCUACUCCGACGAGGGCGCCCGUAACCCCAUCUUCCAGGCGCAGGGAGGGGCAAUGCCGGGGGACGGCAAGUCCAACCCGCUGUUCGCAUCGAGCCUGCUGGACACGGGGGGGUCCCAGAGCUCCGCAGCUGCGGCCGCUGGGGGGCCCGCGGGGGACCGCCGCAGCAACCCGCUGUUUGACUCGCAGGCCAGCAGCGCCAGCCGCAAGUCUGCGCGCACCACCAGCGAGAGCGAGACCGCCUCCAGCAAAUUCCGCUCGCUCUUCAGCCGCAAGAAGCGCACUGAGACCUCCUGAGGCUUUCCUAUUGCAGGCAUGGUCGGCCGCACGCUCUGAUGCAUCGGUGGGAAGCAGGAUGUCGGCGGUUGCCACCUGCUGUGAUUGUUCUUGGGGAGAUGGGUUUGUUGAGCAGUCUGCACUGUGCCCAACCAUUCGCUGUAUUCAGGGAGGCAGCAUUCAAUGGGAGCUGAGAAUUUGACAACUCAUUACUGAGGGAAGGGACGUGUGGAGUUGGCGGGUGCCUGCACUUGUCAAUGCAUCGACACGCAAGCAGCUCUUCAGAGCUGGAAAGUUUUGAUCAAGAGGGGCGCAAAGAGCCCGAAUUUCAAGAUUUCUGCUAUUUUUUAAAUGCUUGCUAUGUGUUGUGGCGCCGUCGGAAGGGGGGAAUCCUGCUGAAAACCUUGCAGGGAGAAUGCAGUGCGGAACAUUAUCUAGUUGAAGAACAGCAAGUCUGAAGGAGAUGGUUGAAAGUUGCCUUGACUGUACUGGUGUGAGAACAUGCGUUGCACGAUGUGCGAAAGGCAAUACAGAUACGAAGGCGCACAUCGUUUGUUCGGCACUGAGAAAUUGGUACAGUACUGGGGAGAAAGAAUUGGCGAUUAUUUGGCAGUCGCAGCUGCAAGUGAUGGUUGUGACGCAAAACCUUAUUUUCCUUCUGGUUUUUCUUCUCUGGGUUGUUGAUUAUAGGUUCUAUGCUGAACAGCUGAGAGGGCACCACCUUUCUUGGAGAACAUAUGAGAUUUUUGCGGAUACUGGUGAGUGCGGGAAAGAGCAUCAUGCCAAUGUCAGACAGAUAUCCCCUGUGGAGCAGAUUUGUCUUCAGUAAACACCAACCAGCCUCGAGAGUUUUUGAGUUAGAGAUCAGACAAUCUGCCAGGAUUCAGACCGAAUGUAACCCCAUCAUGGAC